CUCUUUAGUGCCCAAGAGUUCAUGGCUUAUAUAACGGGAACAAAUAUCCAGUCCACACCACUCCAGCGUAACCUUAGGAAGGAGGCUUCAAGACCAGCCUUGACCGUUAAGGAAGCUCUUUCUUGAUGGGGAAUUGAACUUUUCCAGCAAAGCAAAGAUGAUAGGCUCCUGGGUCUUCAUAUUGCUUCUAGCAAUCCUGCUCCCAAAACUAGAUGGAACUGAAGUUGCACAGCCAUUUGGACACUGUAGUCUUUUUGGAAGUAACCACAUUAAAACAUUUGAUGAAUAUUUGUAUGAUUUUGCUGGUGACUGCAGCUAUCUUCUUGCCGGAGACUGUCAAAAGAGAUCCUUUUCACUCUUGGGUAACUAUGAGAAUGGAAAAAGAACAAGUCUUACUCUGUAUCUUGGGGAAUAUUUCGAUGUUCAUUUGUUUUUAGAUGGCACAGUGACUCUGAGUGACAAAAGGAUUCCAGUACCAUAUGCCUCUAAUGGAAUAUUUGUAGAAAAUGAGGCAGGUUAUUAUAAAUUAUCCAGUGAAGAGCAUGGCUUAGUAGUGAAAGCUGACAUCAGUGAAAACAUCCAGAUAUUCCUUGCAAACAGCCACUAUAAUAAGACUUGUGGGCUCUGUGGUAAUUUCAACACCUUUGCUGAAGAUGACUUAAUGACUCAGGAAGGGAUUCUGGAGGAAAACAGCUAUCAUUUUGCUAAUUCAUGGGCCAUGAACAAUGAAGAAAAAAAAUGCCGGCGAGUGGCCCCACCAAAUCAGACCUGCAACAUCACAUCUGAUAUGGCAGAUGAGAUCAGUGUAGAAAAUUGCCAGCUGCUAAGAGUUUCAACUGUUUUUUCCAAAUGUCAUCAUGUGGUUGAUCCAGAACAAUUUAUUAAUCUAUGUGAAGAAGACAUGUGCAGGUGUGCCCAAGACAAAAACUGCCAUUGCGCAGUUUUUCUAGAGUAUGCCAGGACCUGUGCCCAACAUGGUGUGAUUCUGGAACGAUGGACAGCAACCAGUGACUGCCGGAUACAAUGUCCAGUUGGCUUGGAGUACAAGGAAUGCACAUCCCCUUGUGCCAAAACUUGCCAGAGCUUAAAUGUCAAUGAAGUGUGUCAAGAAAAAUGUGUUGAUGGCUGCAGCUGCCCAGAGGGCAAGCUUCUAGAUGGAGAUGUCUGUGUUGACAGCUCUGAAUGUUCCUGCACACAUUCUGGCAAGCGUUAUGCUCCUGGCUCUUCUGUCUAUCAGGACUGCAAUUCAUGUAUUUGUAGGCAUGGCCUCUGGAUCUGUGACAAUGAACUCUGCCCAGGUGAAUGCUUUGUCACUGGCCAAUCUCAUUUCAAAAGCUUUGACAACAAGCAUUUCACAUUCAGUGGCAUCUGCCAUUAUGUAUUUGCUAGAGAUUGUGAGGAGAACAAAUUUUCUGUCUUUAUAGAGACAGUUCAGUGUGCAGACGAUCCUGAUGCGGUAUGCACCCAUUCAGUCUUUGUUCAACUUCAGGAUGAGAACUACACUAUUAAACUAAAACAUGGUGGCGGCAUCUCUUUGAAUGGGCAGGACAUACAACUUCCUUUCAUGCAAGGAGCUCUCCAUAUCUGGCACACUGUCAUGUCUGCUGUUCGCCUCAGCUAUGGAGAGAACAUGCAAAUUGAUUGGGAUGGUCAUGGAAGUCUUAUAAUGAAGUUGUCUUCAGAAUAUACUGAACGGACUUGUGGCUUAUGUGGUAAUUACAAUGGCGAUCAAGGAGAUGAUUUUCUGACACCUUCUGGCCUUGUCGAAACCCGUGUUGAAGACUUUGGAAAUUCCUGGAAGCUUAAAGGAGAUUGCCAAGAUUUGCAGAAACAAGACAGCAAUUCCUGCAGUCUCAGCCCUCAGUUAGCCAAGUUUGCGGAGAACUCCUGUUCAUUGCUGUUAUCUCUGCUGUUUCAACCAUGCCAUGACAAAGUUGAUCCUUCUCCAUACAUCAAGAAUUGCCACUUCGAUGUCUGUUCCUGUUCGGAUGGCAAGGACUGUUUAUGUGCUGCUGUCUCCACCUAUGCCCUGGCUUGUGCUCGCAGAAAUGUUCUCAUAAAUUGGAGGAAGCUAGAUUUUUGUGCUUUCAGAUGUCCAGAAGGUCAGAUUUACCAGCAGUGUGGGAGUCCAUGUAACCAAACUUGUCGAACCCUGUCAUAUCCAGAUACAGACUGCAGUGAAAUUUGUAUGGAAGGUUGCUAUUGUCCAGAUGGAUUAUACCUUGAUGAACAGGGAGGAUGUCUCCCCAAGUCACAGUGCCCUUGUUAUUAUGAUGGUGAGAUCUUCCAGCCUGAUGAUGUGUUCUCAGAUCAUCAUACCAUGUGUUAUUGUGAAAAUGGACUCAUGCACUGCAGCUCAAAGAAACUUCCAGGAGCUUUUCUGCCAGAUGUUUCCUUUCAGCAUCAUCCUUCAGCCAGAGUAAAACGAAGUUUGGCGUGCAGGCACCCCAUGACCAUGCUUGUAUGUCCUGCAAAUGAUCCAAGAGCUAAGGGAGUAGAAUGCAUGAAGACUUGCCAGACAUUAGAAUUAGGCUGUGUCAGUCACGGAUGUGUAUCCGGCUGCAUCUGUCCCUCUGGAAUGGUGCGGCAUGGAAACAAAUGCAUUGUGCCUGGAAAAUGCCCCUGUUUUCACAAUGGACAAGAGUAUUCUCCAGGACAGAGUGUUACACUAGAUUGCAAUACUUGUGUAUGCCGUGGUCAAAAAUGGGAAUGUACAGAAAACAUCUGUGACGGGACCUGCUCAGUCAUUGGUACAGCUCAUUACUUGACCUUUGAUGGACUGAAAUAUAAAUUUCCAGGGAACUGUCAAUAUGUACUAGUUCAGGAUUAUUGUGAUGACAAUGAUGUUGCUUCUGGAACCUUUAGAAUUCUUGUGGCUAAUGAGGGAUGUGGCUUCACAGGAGAGAAAUGCACUAAAAGGAUUACUAUUCUGAUUGACAGUGGAGAGAUUGAACUGUACAAUGGAAAUGUUAACAUCCUAACAUCUCCUAGAGAGGAAGCCAACUUUGAAGUCCUGAAGUCUGGGCGUUACUACAUUCUGCUACUGAGUAGAUUGAUCUCUCUAAUUUGGGACCAAGAUAUGGGAAUUAGUGUUAUUUUGAAAGAGAAUUACAAAGAUCAAGUAUGUGGCCUGUGUGGGAAUUUUGAUGGUAUCCAAAAUAAUGACUUGACAAGCAGCAGAAAGCAGCUUGAGGUGGAUCCAAAUGACUUUGGGAAUUCCUGGAAAAUUAAUUCGCAGUGUGCUGAUGUCAGAAAGGAGCAAACCCUGGCAUCUUCUUUGUGCAAUGGUAAUGUAGUGAAGCAAGUCAUGGUAGAGACUGCAUGCAGCAUCUUGACCAGUGAACUUUUCAAUGAGUGCAAAAAAAUGAUAGAUCCUGAACCUUAUAUGGAUAUCUGUAUGUAUGACACUUGUGCUUGCGAAUCCAUUGGAGACUGUGCCUGCUUCUGUGAUGCCAUAGCUGCUUACGCUCAUGCCUGUGCACAGAAAGGAGCAGUGGUACAUUGGAGGUCACCAAGCCUAUGCCCACAAAGUUGUGAAGACAUGAACAGGCAAGAAGAAGGAUACCAGUGUGAAUGGAGAUACAACAACUGUGGUUCUGCCUGUCCAAGAACAUGCCAGCACUUUGAUUCAGUGGCAUGCCCAGUGAAAUGUGUUGAAGGAUGCCAUGCCCAGUGUCCUGCAGGAAAAAUACUUGAUGAACUUUCCAACACCUGUGUUCACCUUGAAGAAUGUCCUGUAUGUGAAAUAGAAGGCCAUAGGGUUCCCCAUGGAAAGAGAAUCAUUUUGAACCCUGAAGAUACACAUCUCUGCAAAUCCUGUCAUUGUGUGGGACAAAACUUGACAUGUCACGCAUGCAGUCCAAAAGAAAGUGCUGAAAUCCUUCCCACCACCACAAUUGCUCCAGAAGAUGAGAUGAUAUAUGAAUAUUCAUGCAGCAAAAUGAUGGACCUUGCCUUCUUAAUUGAUGGUUCCAGUAGAAUUUCUGAGAGUGAUUUUGAACAGCUCAAAGCAUUCAUAAUUAGCACCAUGGAAAAACUCCACAUCUCUCAAAAAAGAAUUCGCCUGUCAAUCUUGGAAUAUCGUACUGGUUCACAUAUUUACCUUGGGCUAAAAGAUGUCAAAAAGCAAUCUCAAAUGAGGAGAAUUGUCCAAAAUAUAAAAUACACUGGUGGAGAUGUUGCCUCUGCAACGGAAGUACUUAAAUAUGUAGUAUUCCAUGUGUUUGGGAAGGCUCCCAGGACAAAUGCUGCUAGAAUGGCUGUGUUAUUUACAGCUAGCAAAGAUCCAAAGAGAGUUCAGACUAUCUUCCCACUUCUGAAAAAGAAAAAGAUUAUUGUAAUACCGGUUGGACUUGGACCACACAUAAGCAUUGAGCAAAUUCGACAAAUUGAAAAUCAGUCACCUGAGAACAAGGCCUUUAUAAUGAACAGUGUAGUUGAGUUAAGAGAACACCGAGAUGAAAUAAUUGACUACUUUUGUGGUCUUGUGCCUGAAAUAAGUUCUGUAUUUACUACACCCAACCCUGCUGCAACUCUUCCUACAGCGACAGUACCUGGAGUACGAGAGGCAAUCCCAACAGCCUUUACUUACAUUCACAAAACAAUCAACAUUGCUUUUUUAAUUGAAGGUUCUGACAAAGUUGGUAGGGAGAAUUUCAAUUUGGUUAAAGAAUUUAUUAUUCGCACAAUCAAAGAAAUGAAUAUGGAACAAGAAACCAUUUACAUUAUGAUACUACAGUACUCAUUCACAGUCACGGUUGAGUAUUCUUUCAAUGAAUUGCAGUCAAAGGAAGACCUGAUUAAAACAGUGAGGGAAAUUAAAUAUCGUGGAGGGAAUGCCACCAACACUGGAAAGGCUUUAAAUUUUAUCACCGAACAAACCUCGACUACAAGCCGUAGAGGAAAACGGCAAGCACCAGAGUUUGUUUACAUGGUGACUUCAAACUCUGCCACAGAUACCGUCUCUCGCCUACCUCAUGAUAUCAACCUUAUUCCUAUUGGUAUAGCUCCUAAUGUGAAUAUCCAAGAACUGCAACAGUUAAGUCAGCCGCACACACCAAUAAUCCUGGACGGGUAUAAUAAACUCCUGCAAGAAGGGCCUGACUUGGUAUUAAAAACAUGUUGCUCAAGAGAAGGAACCUGCAACAAACCAAUGGAUGUGAUAUUUCUUCUGGAUGGAAGCCCCAAUGUUGAUGAAUCACAGUUUGAGAAAAUGAAACGUUUUGUGAAAGCAUUUAUUGAACACACUGAUAUUGGCCAUACAGCAAUUCAGGUGGCUGUUCUUCAGUAUGGAAAUGUCAAUACUUUGGAAAUGUCAUGGAAAGUACCCCAAGAGAAGGCAAAUCUGUUGUCUAUAGUGAGUGCAAUACAUCGAAGAGACCAAGGCCCUGGCCAACUAGGGAAAGUGAUAGACUUCACAGUGCAGCAUGCCAUUUCUGAAAUCAACGGAGGUCGGCCCAAUGCUUCCAAAGCAAUAGUGAUUUUCAUAUCAGAUACAUCUCAAGACUCUGUCAACACUGCUGCAUAUUCUGCGAGAGUGAAUAGGAUAUCAUUGCUUCCCAUUGGGAUUGGAGACAGAUACGAUGUGAAACAACUACAUACUUUAGCUGGGCCAUCUGCAUCUGACAGGAUAAUUCAGCUGCAACAGUUUGAUGACCUUCUCACCACGGUUAUCUUGGGGGAAUUUGUCAAGAAACUUUGCACAGAAACUCUCCAAGAGUGCGUAGAUGAAGAUGGCAAUAUAAAGGCACCUGGUGACAAAUGGACAUUGGUGGAUCAAUGUCACACUGUGACAUGCUUACCAGGUGGCUAUACAACUUUGGAGAGCCACCGAAUUAAUUGUGAGAGGAUUGCUAGACCAACAUGUCAGAACGGACUUCCUGCUGUUAAGAUGGAGGAAACCUGUGGUUGCCGUUGGAUGUGUCCAUGCUCAUGCAUGGGAAGCCCAAGUAGAAAUAUUGUCACCUUUGAUGGACUGGAUUUUAGACUCGCAGGCAAUUGUUCCUAUAUGUUAUAUGAAGACAAAGAACAUGAUAUUCAAAUGAUACUUCAUAACGGACUCUGCACCUCAGCUCCAAAACUCAACUGCAUGAAUACCAUUGAAGUCAAGCAUAAGGAUUCAACAGUGGAACUGUCCAACGCCAUGACCGUUACUGUGAAUGGUAAAAUGGUUACUAUUCCUUAUGCCAAUGGUGAUAUUGAAGCAAAUAUCUAUGGUGCAAUAAUGCAUGAAAUACGGUUCUCUCAUCUGGGACAUAUCAUCUCCUUCACUCCAAGCAACAAUGAGUUUACACUCCAACUAAGUCCAAAAAGUUUUGCCUCCAAAAUGUAUGGUCUUUGUGGGGUUUGUGAUCAGAACACUGCCAAUGAUAUGGUAUUAAAGGAUGGCUCAGUAACAUCUGACAGUAGCACCUUCAUCCAAGAAUGGGCCAUUAAACAACCAGGGAAAUUCUGCGAAGUGAACAGACCUGACACAUGUGUUGAGCAUGCCACAUCCAAGUGCAGCAUUUUGUUGUCCAAUCAGUUUUAUGAAUGCCACCAAAUUAUUCCUCCAAACAUGUUCUAUACUGCAUGUGAAGAAAACAACUGCUAUGGAGAUGAAGUAUGUGAGAUUAUAUCAUCCUAUGCCCACCUCUGCAGAACACAAGGAAUCUGUUUGGACUGGAGAUCUUCAGAGUUCUGUGCUAUGAAAUGUCCGACCUCAUUGAUAUAUGACUACUGUCAAAAAGAUUGCACAAAACACUGUGAGAAUGGUACCACCACUGAAGUCUGCAUGGAUUAUCCUAUGGAAGGUUGCUUCUGUCCAGAUGGACAAAUUAGCUUAAAUGGCAGUUGUGUUCAUGAAGAGACCUGUACUCAAUGUGUCAGUGAAGAUGGAAGCCAUCACAAGCACUUGGAAACAUGGAUUCCUUCUGAAGAACCCUGCAAGAUCUGUGUGUGCCUGGACAAUAAAAUUACAAAUUGCACCCUUCAGACCUGUCCACCUACCAAAUCUGUUAUUUGUGGUCCCUGUGAAGUUCCAAAGUUAUGGACAGAUUCUGAUCAAUGCUGUCCAGUCUACAAAUGUGUCUGUGAUCUUGACACGUGUAGACUGCCUCCUGUACCUCAUUGUAAAGAUGGUCUUCAGCUUGUACAGACAAAUUUUGGAAAAUGUAGACCAGAUUAUGCUUGUGUGUGCAAAAAAGAGGCAUGCAGUCUGCCACCUGCUUUUGCAUGCCCACCACACCGGAAACUUACUGUGAUGAAGACUCAGUGCUGUGAUGAAUAUCAGUGUGCUUGUAACUGUGUCAAUUCAACGGUGACCUGCCCUGCUGGGUAUUUGUCAACAUCUGUCACUAAUGACUGUGACUGUAUAUCCACCACUUGUAUUCCAGACAAGGUUUGUGUACAUCAUAACAUUGUGUAUCCUGUUGGAAAGACUUGGGAAGAAGGAUGUACAGAAUGUUCCUGCACAGAUAUGGAAGAUGCUGUUACAGGACUUCGAAUUGCAGAAUGCCUUGAGAAAAAGUGCACAAAUAUUUGUCCUCUGGGGUAUAAAUACUUCAACAAAGAAGGAUCCUGCUGUGGGAAAUGUUUCAAGAUCAUGUGUGAUGAGAUCUUACACUCACCUCGAGGAGAUGCAAAUGAAGAUGUCCAUUGGCACGAAGUGGGUUCUGAGUGGCAAUCCCUUUCAAACCCAUGUAUCAUAAAAGAAUGUGUUCGAGUGAAUGAGGAAGUCUUUAUUCAAACAAAGAAUGUCACAUGUGCACAGAUGGAAUCUCUUGAUUGCCCAUUUGGAACAGAGCUGCACUGUGACCAAAAGACUGGUUGCUGUCCCACAUGCCAUUGUGAACCUGUGAAUGGCUGUGUUUUGAAUGGAACUAUUAUUGAGGCAGGAAAACAAGUCUUAGUGGAUGAAUGCACCAGCUGCCAGUGCAGCCUCCAGAGUGGAUUAUCUUUGAAAUAUAAAUUGACUUGCGGAAAAAAACACUGUGAACCUUGCCCCAAGAAUUACAGAGAGGAAAAAGUCCCUGACUCUUGUUGUGGGAAAUGUUUACCAACUAUGUGUGCCAUACAGCUGAGGAACAGAACCAUCUUGUACCUAAAGCCAAAUGAAAUGAUCCAGGAUGAUUGUGACAGCCAUUCUUGCAAAGUCAACAUGAAAGGAGACUUCAUCUGGGAAAAGAGGAUAACUGGCUGCCCCCCAUUUGAUUCAAAUAGAUGUCUGGCUGAAGGAGGUAAAAUUGCAAAAAUUGAGAACACCUGCUGUAAGACAUGUGUAGAGCCGGAGUGCAAAGAAGUCACAGGGAGGCUGGAAUAUGUGAAAGUGGAUGAUUGUGUGAAUGAAAACCAGCUGAAUAUCCAUUAUUGUGAGGGGAAAUGUGCAAGCAAAGCCAUUUAUAACAUUACAGUGAAUGACAUUGAAGAUAAAUGCACCUGUUGUUCUGCUACAGUGAAAGAUUCGAUGCUGGUGCCCCUCCGCUGUGCCAAUGGCUCCAUAGUACAGCAUGAAGUUUUCAAUGCCAGACAGUGUGAAUGUCUCUCACGGAAAUGCAUGCCUUGAAUAUACUUAAGAGCUAAUGCAUGACAUUUCUUUUAUCCAGCUGCCAAGGAACUUGCAAUCUGAUUCUAAUUUUCUUUGGGUGGUUUCUUUUUGGCAUUUGAUACUGUUCUUCUAACCAAAACAUUCAGUUUAACAAAACCAAGCAAUAAACUUUAACAAUAAACUCAUUUAGUUGCAAUAAACUGAUUUAGCUGCA